CUGACUGUGAUGUAAAAUCUUAUAUAAAGGAAAAAUUGCUCUGUUUGUUCAGAGAGAUCUCUUGACACAGCUUCGCAAGCAUUGCUAAGAGUGUUAAGUGACACUCCAAACCUUGAAUUUGCUUAAUGAAUUUUGGCUGUUCACAGAAGUUGGCGUAUUGCAGUUGCAUCAAGUGUCUAAGAAUCUCAAGAAAAAGAACCUAACAUUUAUUGGCAGUAGUGGGAUUCCAACAGCUUCUAGAUGGACUAAGUGAUUACCUGCAUGACAGUAACAUGAGACAGAUGGGCCCACUUGAGUUUCUCCAUUCACAGGUAAAGCACGCCCUCGGACCACUGCCCACCUCUCCACAACCUGGUCCAAUGGAUUCAAUCAGCUCCCUUGUCAUGAGCAUGAAAAGUGAAGAAGCUAACUAUGGUGAAGAGGUAAAGGUCCAUACGCUUUUUGUCAGUGGCCGCCCUAUGGAUAUUAAGCUACGUGAGCUUUACUUUCUCUUUCGAUCAUUUAAGGGAUAUGAAGGUUCACUGAUCAAGCUAACACCAAAGCAGCCAGUUGGCUUUGUUAUAUGUAACAGCAGAGCUGGAGCAGAGGCAGCAAAGAAUGCUACGUUCACCUGCAGCACUACAUGCUCAGGUGCGCUGGUAUUCUCCAUCUGAAACAUCUCCGCAAGAAUUGACGUGUCGUCAGUUUUGUUAAGUAUUUAAUUGUCCUCAUCCAAGAAUUCAGAUUUCUCCAUGGAAUGGUGUGCAAGUACAGACUGGAUUUUGUUUUCAGGUUGGAGUUUAAUGAAGGAGAUUUUGGAUAACUGGCUCGUUUUCACUCAACUUAGAGGGGGUGGACUGGUCACUAAGGACUGUGGAUUUAAGAACUUUACUGGUGAACUCUUUUAUUUCCACCUGGGAGGAUCCUAUCUACUGCAUGGACUAGUAAUUCUUGAUGUUAUAAUAAUUGUAUGUUGUGUGUCAAUACUGGCUGUCAGAUUCUUAUGAAUAAACUGGUAGUGCCUUUUAAUUGGUUAUCAUGGAAUGAUAAAAG